AUGACGCUCCGACGAGACAACAGGAACAUUGACAUCAAAAAUCGAAACAAGACAAACGAAAGCAAAAGAGAAAACGACGAGGAAGAUGAAGAACUUUGCCAAGGCUUCUCUCAUGGCCUGAGGCCGGAGAAAAGCUCGACUCAAACACUAGGCGAGAGGCGGGUCACCGAAGGAGGAAGCCGGAGAAGCUGCGCCGAACCGGAGGCGAUGUGA